AUGUCUUCGCACGUUACCAUACGCCUAGCCUCAGACCGAGUGGAAAUCCCGUUGAUAACUGAUGAAGGAAAGAAUCAACGGUUGUUUACACCCGGUGAAGUCGUCACAGAACAACAAGGCUUUAUGCGUGGUCAUGGAACAUACAUGGAAGAUGAUAUGAUCAAAUCUUCCGUAGCGGGUGUGAUGGUGCAGGUUAACAAGCUCAUCACGGUUAAGGCGUUGAAAGGUCGGUACGUAGGGGAGAUCGGUGACGUUGUUGUGGCGCGGGUAACCGAGGUUCAAGAGAAGCGCUGGAAGGUCGACACAAACUCCCGGUUGGAUUCGGUGCUGCUGCUGUCGUCUGUGAACCUGCCCGGUGGUGAAUUACGGCGACGAGGUGCGGAAGAUGAAAAACAGAUGCGAAAAUAUCUACAGGAAGGAGAUUUGAUAUCUGCCGAAGUACAAAACGUCCACUCCGAUGGAGUGCUAUCGUUGCACACACGAAGUUUGAAGUACGGUAAACUGUCCCAGGGAAUUUUGGUGAAGGUGUUUCCUUCGCUUAUCCAACGCCGCAAAACGCAUUUCCACAAUUUAUCAUGUGGCGCUUCAAUCAUUCUGGGCAACAAUGGUUUUAUUUGGAUAGCACCGAUCACCAAUAGUGAAGGUGGAGAAGGAGGAGGUUUCACACAAAACCUGGAAGAUGUAGUUAGCAAAGAGGACCGAAAAACGAUUGCUCGUUUGAAGAACUGCAUCCUGGCACUCGCCCACUGUAAGAUGAUGUUGUACGAUACUAGCAUACUGUACGCAUAUGAGGAAUCCUUGAAAUAUGAUGUUUCGGAGCUGCUCCAUCAGGAAUGUAUGACUGAUGUAGCUUUCUUGACUCAGCAUCGCUUACGGGUGCAAGAAGUAUAA